CCAACAGCAGCAACAGCAGCAGCCUCUCGGUGUUUCAGUGGAGCAGAAGGAGUAAACCGGAGGAGCGGCAGAGCGAUGCGAGCGCGGCAGGAUGUCUUUCACCUCCUCCUCCUACUCUUCCUCCUGGUCCCGGACUCUCCGAGUCUUCCUCCUCCUGCAGCUCCUCCUCGUGCCGCCGUGCCUCCUCCACCCGCAGCCGUGCCACCUCCUGGCUCAGAUCGGACACACGGUGCGCGUCGGUGCGCUCCUGCCGGCGCAGCGGGCGGCUCGCUUUCAGGUCCAGGCGGCGCUGAGCCGUGCGGCGGCCGCGCUAAGUCGGGAUCGGGACCCGGACCCGGACCCGGAGCGGGACCGGGAGCGGGACAACUUCCUGCCCUAUAACUUGAGCCUGGAGCUGGUUUCCCGGCAGCCGGUCGCGGCGGACCCGGAGUCCCUGUUCCGGUGCGUGUGUCAGGGCGUGGUGGUGCAGGGAGUUUCCGCCGUGCUCGCCUUCCCGCAGAGCCGCGAGGAGUUGCUACAGGUGGACUUCAUGGCCUCCUUCCUGGAGAUUCCGUUCCUCAGCGUCAUCGAGCACGGAGAGCCGCUCCGCACGCAGAACCGGUUCCACCUGCAGAUGGCGAUGGGGGUUCCUGAGUCCGGUCUGUCGGACCUUCUGCUGACAGUUCUGCAGCAGUCAGGUUGGAGGGAGGGGACUGUGGUUCUGUGUCGGGGCUGGGAGGAGGCUCGGGGUCUCCUGCUGCGGCUCCUGGGCGGGGAGAGUGAGAGCAGUGCAUUGUGGGAUGGCGGGGGCGGAGUCACCUGGCACAUGCGCGCCCUCCUGAACCUGACGCAGUCAGCACACGACGACACUCAGAUCCACGACUUCCUGUCCCGACACUUCAGACAGAACCAGCCAUCGCCGGCGUCCGUGCUGCUAUUUGGAGCUGACCCGCAGUGUGCAGCAGCAGUGCUGCGAAGCGCUCAGGACCUGGGCCUCACGUUACCCAUGGUGCACUGGGUGCUGGGACAGCCUCUGAGCCCCGACGCGCUGCACGCCAUUGGGCUGCCACUUGGCCUGCUGGCCUAUGGAGAGGUUGAGAGGAAGCCGCUGGACUUCUAUGUCAGAGAUGCCCUGCAGCUCGUCACCAGGGCCGUUGCCGCAGCAACACUGGUGAGACCAGACCUGGCUCUGAUCCAGAACAUGGUGAACUGCUACGACAAGCCCAACAAACACGAGCUGCCGUCAUCAGGACAGUACCUGUCCAGGUUCCUGUCCAACACAUCUUUCUCUGGUCUGACGGGUCCGGUCCGAGUCCAGCAGAACCGUUCUCACGUCCUCACCUCGCAGCGUUUCCAUGUCUGGAGCCUUAGACGCGACGCGCUGGGUCAGCCCACCUGGGUGACAGUGGGCAGCUGGGAGGGAGGCCAGCUGCAAGUGGAGGAUCAGGGAGUCUGGCAGGGACCCAAACCUCGUCACAGGACAGAAGGGGCGGGCGGGAGAACUAGGGGCCGCUGGAGACCGGGGAUGCCGGUGGUCGGGAGUCGGGUCCGGGUGGUGACUCUGGUGGAACAUCCCUUUGUGUUCACGCGGGACGUGGACGAUGAGGGCAGCUGCCCAGCAGGCCAGUACUGCCUGGACGCUGGCACCAACAGCUCGGACACUCUGGAGAGGGUCUUCAGGGAGGUGGCAGGGGGAAACAGCAGCUUCCUGCCUGCAGAGUACAGCAAGUGUUGCUAUGGAUACUGCAUUGACCUACUGGAGAAGCUGGCGGAGGACCUGGGCUUUGAGUUCGACCUUUACAUUGUUGGGGAUGGAAAGUACGGAGCAUGGAAGGGGGAGCGCUGGACCGGUCUGGUGGGGGAUCUUCUUAAUGGACUAGCAGACAUGGCCGUCACCUCCUUCAGCAUUAACUCGGCCCGGAGCCGUGUGAUCGACUUCACCUCACCCUUCUUCUCCACCAGCCUGGGCAUCCUGGUGCGCAGCAAAGAUACUGCAGCCCCCAUCGGAGCCUUCAUGUGGCCCCUGCACUGGUCCAUGUGGGUGGGCAUCUUCCUGGCACUGCACAUCACGGCGCUCUUCCUCACCCUGUACGAGUGGAAGAGUCCAUAUGGUAUGACACCUCAUGGACGCAACAGGAUGAGGGUGUUCUCUUACUCAUCGGCUCUCAACCUGUGCUAUGCCAUCCUGUUUGGACGCACUGUGUCCUCCAAGACUCCGAAGUGUUGGACGGGUCGGUUCCUGAUGAACCUGUGGGCCAUCUUCUGCCUGCUGGUGCUGUCCAGCUACACCGCCAACCUGGCUGCCGUCAUGGUGGGAGAAAAGACCUUCGAGGAGGUGUCAGGGAUCCACGACGCCAAGCUGCAUCACCCGUCGCAGGGUUUUCGUUUUGGGACGGUGAGGGAGAGCAGUGCCGAGGAUUACAUGAAGAAGAGUUUCCCAGAGAUGCACGAGUACAUGAGACGCUUCAACGAACCAACCACACCUGAGGGGGUCGCCACUCUCAAGACAGAUCCUCCUCAGCUGGACGCCUUCAUCAUGGACAAAGCUCUGCUGGAUUACGAAGUUUCCAUCGACGCCGACUGUAAACUGGCAACUGUGGGGAAACCAUUUGCCAUCGAAGGGUACGGGAUCGGCCUACCUCAGAACUCCCCUCUGACCUCCAACAUCUCAGAGUUCAUCAGCAGGUAUAAAUCUGAGGGCUACAUGGACCUGCUGCACGACAAGUGGUACAAAGUGGUUCCAUGUGGGAACAGAGUGUUCGCCGUCACAGAGACUCUUCAGAUGGGAAUCAGUCACUUUUCAGGACUCUUCGUGUUGUUGUGCGUUGGAGUGGGCGGAGCUUUGUUGACUCUGGCAGGUGAACACGGUUUCUACCAACUCAUCCUGCCGCACAUCCGCCGCCGACAGAACCUCAAGUACUGGCUGCACACGUCACAGAAAAUCCAUCGAGCUCUGAACAUGACGUACGAAGAUGUGAAGAAACAGCGAGCUGAGAAAGAGAAAAGCUGUAACCUGCAGAAGCCUCAGCCCACCACCGGCCCCCCCGCCCCGCCACGCCCAGGAGCCUCCGCCAAGUGGAACAAUGAGGCCAUUAAGGAAGCUGCCACCGCUGCCACGGUCGCCAUUCCUAAAGAUGCACGAGACUUCAAACGAGUCCACUUCAACCUGGAGACCCUCAACACCCGCCGCCUGCUUGCCCGCAUGGCCACUUCUGAAGCCAAAGGAGGCUGGGCCAAGCCUGAGGGGGAGGGACCAGCCAAGCCGAAGGCGGGGCCAAACAGCAAACUGUGUGAGAACGGAGGACCAGCGGCGUCACUGGCCAGUCUGGUGCUCUCCCUGCCCUCAUCAUCGUCCUCUUCUGCUUCCUCCUUCGCCAAACCCAAAACCUCUGCACCUCCGCCUGCCGCUGUAGCCCCCACUCCUGCAGUGGCGGCCCCAUCCCCAGCCACGGCCCCGCCCCCUGUAGCCGUGGUCCCCCCCCGGCCUGGCGAGCUGCAGGAGCUGCAGGAGGAGAUCGAACAGAUGAGGGAGAGGUUGAGGACAGCUUUAGCCAGGAGGGCGGAGAUUCAGACCACUCUGACCAAACCUGCUGCCGCUGUGACCAACAACCAGUCUGCAGUUAGCACGACAACAACCACCACCACAACACCGACGACAGGAGCUCCACCCAACACUGCCUCAACCAACACCCCAUCCAAUAUCACCUUAUCCAAUGCCCCAUCCAACAUCGCCCCAGCUAACGGCUCAUCCUCUGAUAUCCCACCAAGUGCUCCACCAACCACCACCUCAUCCAAUGCCCUGCCCAACGCCUCCUCCACCGCUGCCCCAACCAACACCCCAUCCACUGUCGUCCCGGUAACACCUUUCCCUGCCAACACAAAGUGUGUGACGACCAUGACGGACCCGCCCCACAAAGUCCUGUCCAAAGUCCGGCCUCUCCACAGCAGACUGACCAAUCAGAGGAGGUGAUGCUCUCUGCACAGGUCACAUGACCCUAUUUACACGGCGGCCAUUUUGAACUACUGAAAGGAUUUUAUUAUGAAAUGACAAAGUUGAACCUAAGUGGACAGAUCUGGGUCAGUGACGUCGUAGUUUCAGACAGUUUUUCAAGACUUCACUGUCACAGAAUCUGUUGUUGAUGUUCCACAGGAAGUGACAGACUGAUGGUCUCCAUGGCGUCCUACAGGCAAACUGAGAGUUUGUACGGUUAAUAAAUAAAUGUGACUAUACGAUGAAUCCAAACUGUUACAUGUACGAUAUUUACCAGGUUUAACAGAUCAGUCAGAGGACGAGGUUUUUAAUGAUGCCAUUCGAUGCAUACGGGUAAGGGGUUUUUCUUGUUUUUUUUUUAAGUUUACAAAAUAAAAUGACGUACUUCCUCUAAUUCUUCCCUCAAUGACAUUAACUAUUCAGAUGAGGUGUAAAGUCAGGGUUUCACCUCAGAGUUCAGAGUUCAGUAUUUAGGUUAAUUUAAAAUUUAAGGGUAAAAACUUUUCACAAAAAAAUCUGAUAAAAUUCAUCCUUCAGUUCAAAGCUUAAAAAAAACAAAGGUUAAUUUUACUUGGACCAUUUAUACGGAGCAGUAUAUUAUGUAUCAUCAUAAAUCAGUUCAAGUUGAUCUGUAAUGUUCACAUGUAAAUAAAAAAAAAAACAUUUUAAAAGUCUGAUUUGAUCCUGUGAACCUGUUAAAUAUCUGACUGAGGAAUAAUUAAAUUAAAAUCAGCUGAAACUUUUUAACUUAAAUCCUUUGGAAAAGUCAUGAAGCCCUUAAAUUAGUUGUAAUUAUUGUAUUAUUUUUCAGGGUUAAUUUAAGGGCUAGUAAAGGAGAUUUUAGGGGGAUCUUGUUUUGUAAUUAGUCAGAUUCUCAGGGCCACAAACAGGAAGUCAGACAGUGAAGAUGUCAUUUUACUAACAUUUACAAAACCUUGAUGUAUACCCAGAACAGCAAAGGACCCUGAAUGCAGCCCUGAUGGACACCACAUGUAACUCUUUUCCUUUUCACCACCAUCAGAUUCGUUUUGUCAACACAUUUGAUAACAGAAAUAUUGUUAAAAAAAAAAGUCCUGAGAGAAGUCAGAGGCAUAUUUUUAUAUAUUUGGUAAGAAAACAAAAAGGUUUAAAUUCAUUCCUGCAUCAUUAAAGCAGCUGUUUGGUCCUGUUCCUGUGUCUUCACUCCAUUUCCUCCUCAGACUGUUUAAAAUGGCCGCUGUGACGUUGACGCGUGGGCGUGGCUUCAGGAACAUUUGUGACUCUGGUGACGUAGAAACAGGACUUCCUAUGAGGCUGAACGCAGCAGUGCGGUGGCUCUGCUCACCAACAAACAUCAGAGAACUGACGAGAACCUUAAAGGAUUAAAAAACUGCUGACUCUGCAGAUCCGCGUUCAACAGAAGAGUCA